ACUCUCUUUCUGGGAGCUAAAGAAAACUUCAGAAUUCAUUCUUUGGUUCUCAAAUUUUGCUCGGAUUCCCUUGGACCUUGUUAAGCCAUGCACAUGAGCGAAAAAAAAAUUUAAAAGCCUUCGUAUGCCCUGUCAUGUUGCUUGUGUUAAAAGCGGAAUGCUUGUGUAAGUCAACUAUGUUUGCUCUUGUGAAAACAGGCUUUAUCGAAUCAAUCAUCGACAUAACCUGCUUUUCUAGAAUCAUUCAACAAUAUCCUUACUUUACCACCGGUCUAUACAAGAUGAAUUCAGCAAAAUCUGCCUGAAAAGUGACUCAUCUCCAUUCUUGCAUUGUGUUCAGCGUUGAAAUGCGUUUCUGCCUUUUGAUUCGAAAGAAUGAUUUCAGAGUUUAGCAGCUAGGGGAUUGAAAGACUAUUUUGUUACAAAGUUUUGGUUGGUUGCCAAGAAUGACAAGUGCAACUGAGAACCUUCUCGAAAACACGUCUUAGCAUGAGCUAAAAGUACUAGAAUUUUUGAAGAGAUGUUUAUUGAGAAUCUGUCAAAAAAAGUACAAGAUAAUCGAGUCUUGGAUUAGGUUAAGAACUAUCAUAACUAUAAAAUUACAAAUUUAGUACUUAAAUAUCAUUUGUAAGUUGGCAGGAACAUUGUUCAUAAAUCUUUCAUCUGUUCACGACUUUCCGCUUUUUGUAAUAUUUCCUGAACUAAGAUUUAAUGACAUUUCCUAUAGGUAAAUAGCGGUUUAGAUGUCUUAAUUUUUCCUUAUUGGUAUAGGGUUGAAAAGACAUUAUCGCUUCUGCAUGCAUUGUGUUUGUGUAUAAAUCUAUUUUGGAUGUCCAAAUUAGUUUACAUCGAAGAGGCCUGGUAAGGAUAAUCUCUUCAUUGAUUGAUCUAGUGUAUUUUUAUACCACAGGACGAAACUGAACCUAACUCGUUCUCGUUAUACUGGACAGCUCUAUAGCUAAGUUCUAAACUUUCUUUACUUUUAUUGAUCUGGUGGUAUCAGGAAACCUAAACUAAACGCCAAGUUUAGUAUAUACUGAAUAGCUUUAUCAGCUCUUAAUUGAUCUUCCUAGGGUUCUAGUGCGGAUAAUCUCUUGAUUUUUACUUUGCUAUUUUGCUAUAACCUUGUUGAUCAACUGGAAGAACAAGAAAAAAAAGUAAAUUACAGUUUUGAACUUUUAGUUUUCUUCCAAGAGAUCAUCUUUCAUCAUUCCAAUAUCACUCCAGUGACUCUCGAACACAAAGAUCAAUAUUGUUAUUCUGCAUGUCGCAAAACAGAAAUAAAGAACUUUCUGAUGCAAUGUAUAAAUGUUUUGGAAUAUUCACGGUUGUCAUGCAUGGUGUACAAAUAUGGAUAUUUCUCAUAUUUCAUCUGCUUUUCAUUAGGCCUACUUCAAACUACGAAAAAAUCUAUUACAUCCUUCACGAAGUAUGCUAUCGCUUCGCACAAACAUCAACAAAUCAAAUGAGGUUUAUAAUAAAGCAAAUUAACUUUGCUUGCGCUUCGCAGCAGGAUUUAUCUUGUAUUUCAACUAGGAAGUAAGCCUUGAUUUCCUGUCGGCCAUGUUUGAUGUUUAAAGAAUAUUGAGCGACCUUGACAUCACUUUAAACCAACCGAUAUCCAGCCCGAAGCAAAAUUUUUUAUCUUUGUCUUCGAUGAAAAUACAUAUGCAGUUUAAUAUAAAAUAUAUAAAAAUGAGAAGAUGACCACCGUCUCUGAAAUAAUCGCAGGUAUUUGAUCAAAACUAUAGCAUGUUGACGAACUGUCUGUGUCUUAACUGUCUUUCAUCCUAUCAAAAUUCAGUCGACGAAAAAAUUAACUUCCAUUUUUGGGAAUAACUGAGAACAUAGGUCGACAAGUGUUGAUUGGAAUAGAACUCCAGAUAGCUAGAUUGGUAAUUUUUCAAAAUAGCACCGGGAAAAUUUUACACAUUUUGGUGAAUUAAACCACAAAAAGAUUCUGUGAAAUGAAUCUUUCGAGCGAGACCUCAUUCUUGAAGGAGUAAAUUUGGUGUUCUUGCAGAAUCGGUUUUAAUACGAACUUGCCACGUAAUUCCCAAACCAAGCGUUGAUGAAUUCCGGAACAUUCGUCAUAUAAGCUAAUAAUAUUGCUUGCAAAACAACAAUAUAAUAAAUUAAUCAUUACUGCGAAGUGCACACCGCUCAUACCUACCGGUCGACCUUGCCCUAUUCUUCAUAAGCAAUAUUCAUUCUUACACUGUCACUGUAUUGUCCUUCAGGGCAGUGAAAAUUACCGGCUUGUCCGUGAUAUUUCAUCACAAAUUAUUUCGAAGCAGGGGAAAAACUAUUACGACAUACAAAGUCCUUAGUUCUUACUUAGAAUAUCGUUCGUAUUGGAUAUUUUUGAAGACGAAAUGUUUUAAACUUUUGAAUACUUGAUACAUUCCUCUUUCCGAGUUGCAUCAUCAAUACUACAUGCAUGAACAAAGACAAAGUGUGUAAAAUACUGCACAUUACUUUAUAACAAAGAGUUGACUCGAUCGAUGCUUUAAUCUUUAUGUAAUUAAACUCUCCAGCUCAUGCAUUGCAAGUCAAUAUAGCUACUUUGAUCGCUUUUGCCUGAUCAUGGACAUAGUAUAUAUAUAGCCCUUCUGCCUUCUGGAUUGUAAUACCGCCUCGAAUGGGCACAGUUUAGCCUUGAAGGAUAACUUUGAAUCAGUUGUGAAUUGUUGCAAAAGUAGCGCAGUUCUUGUUUCGAACGACAACUGCAGUAAUUUUCAUUUGCAAAGCCAGAAAUGGUCGAUAACUGGUAACGAAUCGAGCUUUGCAUUUGGUCAAUUUGUUUAGCUUUAUUUGUGCAAGUCUCUCAGACCGCAAAAGCGGCUGGAUAGUGAUUUAAAGCUGAGCCCCAGUAUUGGAUCAUUUAGAAUCAAGGACAGUUAACACUUAUCAGUUCAGAUAACUUUGGUUUGUCUACGUUUGAAUCUCAGUUAUUCCGAUCUCAUCAGACAGAAGCUAUGGUACCAACUGCCCUUGGGCUUGGGCUCAACUCAUUUUUUCAUCGUUUUAAUUACAUGGUAAUAGCAUUAUUAGCUUUUACGGUGUUGAGAAACUGGCAUUGAGGAAGUCAUUCCUUAGACAAUUAAAUGACUUAUGACAAGCAGUUGAAAUGUCCGAAAUAUAAUAUUGAGAUAGCUAAAUCAGGUUUUGGUACGUGUGAGGGCUUGGCCAUGCAUAUAUGGAAUACUUAAUCAUCAAACGAAUGUCCUAAACAACUGACUGUAUGAAGCAUCUCCAAAGUUUACUUUCUUGAGGGACCAUUUUUCAAAAUGCCCAGAAGUUCCUCUGUAUAAUUUAGAAGUUCGUUUGUAUAUUUCAGUUACGUUCGAAAACGCUGCAUUUUCCCUGGUUAUUUUGAGAAUAUAUAUACAAGUUUGCUUUGAAAUUCCAGCUUUUUUUUCUGGGUCAAUACGUGUUUGCUUUGAAUCGUGACCCGUCUGUGAAUGUUCUGUCGACUAUGAAGAUAUUUCCUUCCUCAGUAUAUCGGAAGGUAGUGGUAUGUGAUGUUAUUGGCUUAUAGUAGAUUUUCAUGUGAUAUAGGCUGAGUUAGGACUAAGAUAGCUAUAAUCGGUUUACAGCCUUGUAAACGAUGUGUGAAUAUCAGACUAACCGACUAAGUUAAAACGAAUUCAUGCGGGCGGUGCAACUUUUCCAAAAAUGGACGAUUCUACUUCUAGUUGCUUCUAAAUACCACUAUACUCACUGACACUAUACUUUUUUUUACCCAUGUCAAAUGUCAACAAUGAGUAUUAUGUCAUAUACUCUGCUGAAGGUAACAAAACAGCUGUGAAAUAUUAUAUAAGCGAACAUAUAUUGGUUCUCGUUCAUUCAUAUAAUUGGUUUUAGUUGUCUCGUGAGAGUCACUUCAGUUCAGGAUACUUGACAAUUUGUGUUUUGAAAAGUUUCCCUUUUGUUUACAUUCAGGUGUUGUUGUCAUGGGUUUGCUUGCUAGUCUUUGCUACAGCUGGUGCUACACCGUCUUUGCUGGUGUUUUACAAAGGUGUUAAAGUUGAUUUUAAACUGUCUUCAUGUCACCUCGCCCCACGGUUGAUUUAGAACUUGUAUGUUUAUAUACUGACCCGCCUCACGAAAAACACAUACUUAAUUCAAUGAUCACAUGAAAAUCUUGCUACAUUUUGCGACUUUGUUGUAAGAACUCGAGCUCCUUUUAUAGUUUUAUGUGGAUGUACGGCGUUCUGAAAAUGGAAUUUGUUAGUUGUAUACAUCUUAUUUAAGUUAUUUCUCUCUUGAAUCGCUUCCAAUUAUUGUGGUCUUUCGUUUCUUGGUCCAAGCGAAUUUUGGGGUGUGUUUGACACCUUGUAUUUCGUGCGUUGGGAAUUGAGACACUUUGCGACCACCGUGUGAUUUUCGUGCAGUUCUAGCUGCUGAGCAAUUGACUUCUCUUCUCGUUCCUUGAGUUAAAUCAAGUAAUCAAUUGCAACACAAUAGCAUUUUCACUGGAUGAAAACCUUAUACCCCGCUUCAGUAUGGCUGCAUGCAUGGUCUGUGCUAAGCGAAUUUACUCAGUUUUAAAAUGGCAAACUAUAGGUUAUUAUUCAUAACUCUAUGUCGAAUCGAUUGUGUUUCUUCGAAAUAUCCAUCUCCUAUGCCAUGGGCCCAUGGCCAAGUAUAUCGAUUGUAAAUUUGCGUGUUAGACUAAGUGUCGAUGACUGAAAAUAUUUUAAGGAACUUAAAACGUGAUUAACGACUUAUCGUUCGGACUAUUUUAAAAUUCAUAUUAUGAAAUGAAUUAUAGGAACGACUUCCCUGUCUGACUAACAACUGAUUCCGGAGAAUUUUUGCAAGCCUUGGCCAAUAUAGCUUCUGACCUGUGAACCACUAAAUACAAUGCCUACGCUAGAUAGCUUAUACUAUUCGCUGGUUCAACUGAAAUCGUUGUGGCCUGUUUCACACUGUGCGUACAUAACACGAUAAAAUUUCAAGUCGCAACGAGUUAUUAAGAUAAAUCAAGGAAGUGGACGAAAAAACGGAUUUAUUAGCUACUAAUUGCCAUAUGUAGUAUUACUUGUGCAAAGCUUUUAUAAUCAUAUUUAUUUCAUGCAAUACCACUACAGCUUAUAAUGUGAGCUUACAAUAUUAAUGUCGGCUUACAAUGUUACUGACUGUCAGCAUGUGAAUGUUCUGUUAUUACGAUUAAUCAAUCGAUCAUAUUUUCGCGGCGUGUGUUUUCAAAAUCUCAGUUUCACUUCGUAUAUAUAGAUUAAUUGUUUUCUCACUUAUUUGUGCCUCGACCGACUUAGAAGUUGCCAAGUUGGGUGCUUUUUGCCCCGGGGUAACAACCUCUUCCGUUCAUCUCAAUGCCAGGGAUUCCCUUACACCAGUCGCUGAAAAACCAGGGUUUAAAAAAACUUUAGCUUGUCUUAGUUCAACCUCUGACCUCAUUAAACGUAUUGAUAGAUCUAAGUUGAGUCAAACUUCCAAAGGAACUUGAUUCAUAAAGAGGAUGUAUAAAAACGCGUCCGUUUCAUACUUACAGAAAAAGUAUGACUUUUAAACUGGUCAUAAUUUGUAACUCUUUAUUUCCGUAUUUAUUUCGGUAAAUGUUCUUUCUCUUUGAAAUUGACGCUAAAAUUGUUGCAAUAUAACACAACAGAAUUAUUUUACAAACACAAUAUAUAUAGCCAUUUAGAGAUAUUUACUGAGACAAAUACUUACGAUAUUUGGUCAUUAAUAUUGUGUCAUUUGUGUGAUAUAGAUAUUCCUUACAAUUUUUACUAAUUUUUUAACUAAGCGUAUAGAGUUACAAUGUCUUCAAAACUGAAGCACCAGUCCUUGUAAACUUUUUUAUUUCAAUGCCUAUUAUAACCAAGGGUUACCCUAGCUACAAAACGCACCCUGUAGAUUAAGAUGUUUAAUAUAGCUUGCAAAAAGUUGAACAUUUAAUAUAUGUUGAUUGACUAACUCUUCAGGAAAAUAAUACAAUUUAACUAAGGGUGCUUAAUUCAUUUUAAUUCAUCGAGAUUUGCUGACAAACACGAGACAUCCAUUGCUCUAGCUAAAAUCUUCCUCUACGGGAUGUUUCAAAAUUAGAUGUUGCAUAUAUACUCAGCGCCUGACGUCACGAAAGACAGAUUAAGCUUCGGUUAGUUUUAUUAACGCAUUUUUAUCUUACAGAAGAUAUCAAAUAUCUUGGCAUACUUUCCAUUUCUCAAUCCUUGUUGAUUUGUUUACAUGUUUAAAGCCAUUAAGCCGGAUUUUGGUCUUUUGGCACCAUCGUUCGUUUACGUUUGCAUGCUAUUAAUUGCGUGUAGUUUUUUAAUUUAUUCUUAUUGCAGUGACGUGUUUUGUCGGCGUGUACUAAAAAGCGAGCACCCCUUCAGAGGCUUAUGUUUGAGUUCUCUGUUGAAAACGAAACGAGAUUGUUAUCGUAAGUAAAGUUAUUGAAAGAACCGUGCAGUAGAGCCGUAAGAUAUUUAAUAUCAUGAAAAGUUUUCAGCAAAACCUCACGUAGUGGGUGUAUAAUAGACAUCGGCUCACAAGAGCAUUGGUCGGUUGGAGUAUUAAUCCUUUAAUUAAAUAAAACGAGAUCAAACAUAUUGAAAUUACGGAGUUUAGUUGAUGCAAAUGUCAUGGGUUUUCAUGUUUGUGAAAUUUUGUGUCCGCAGCAUAGAAGCGCAAAAUAUGCUAAUGCGGCCAGAUCAUAGCUCGCGCAACUUUGGUACGCCGCCCGAUGUCGAGGCGGGGAAAGGAAUUGUGUUAUUUAGUGCAAUUCGAACUUCGGCUUUUGUUAUAUCAUUCACCAUUGUCCUCGGAUGUCUAUAAUUGCUGCCUACACAAUUCGAUACGUUUUGAUGAAUCGUAUUUUCAAUCCUAUCUGAUCUGCCCUGACGAACUUUUGCUUUUUUUUCACAUCGUUUUACUAGCAUGUGGCUAAUAAAGGUAUAAUUAGCUGCAAGUUCACACCUGAAAAAAGGCUGCUUUGAGUGUCGAAAUCGGAUACGAGUGUGUGUAACUAGACUAGUUGUGCUUCGUUCCUUGUGUCAUUUCCCGCCCAAUCGAUGUUUGUCCGCACGACUGUGUUGUUUUUUACUGCCUGGUUUGCUUGUACGCACGUUUUCGUGUGAAAAAAAUUAGAAAGGUAAUAAUGCCGUCAGCACGGACUUUCUUUGAAAAAACACUCGAAAAAUACAAGCAUCACAUCAAGUAGAAAACUGGAUAAGGUCGGCUUUGACCAUGUCACAACAACACUUGCAACAAACAGUUUAACUUGUUUACUGUUUUUAACUUCUCCAUGCGUACGAGAAAUGACGCAAUAACUCGAUUGGUAGAGUUGUGAACUAAUCAACUAAAUACCCGAAAACGUGAGUUCAAAUCUCGCUUCCAACAACGAAUUUGUCACCGUUGCCUAAACAUCUUUCAUAGUCAUACGGAUUACUAUGAAUUUCAAAGUUGAAAGCAACCUACUAUGCAAGGUGUACAUCUUUCGUCUGCUCAAAGGUCAAAUGUGUUACGCGAAAUAUGCAAAACUAUAAAUUACCUCUGGUAGGUAAUUAUGGGACAGUGGAGUAACUGCAUGAGGCUAAAAGAACUAUUCGACAAAGUUACAAACGCAUUCAUGGACCAAUUGCUUUAUCGCUUUUUUAAUUAAAGGAAGAUAACCUCGGUGCUUUCAUAAUUCAUAAAGUGUACGUGUGCACACAGACAGUUUUUGAGAGAAGCAUCCCUUAGAUAGAGCUGCCGUAGGGUAACCCACGCGAAACACGAGCAUGAAGGCAGACAUGCACUCAUACGUACUUAUGUUAAAACCGUAUCAACUGCGCUUUUUCCCCAUAAUAACACGUUUGCCUUAGCAUCGUGUCUAGACGGCUCAGGAACACUGUCUACGCUCGCGAAUUUAUCUUGCAUAAGAAAUAAAACAUUCCAUCUGUAAAUAUAAACGUCUUACAAAAACAAUCAUCGCGAUAUACGAAUUUCGAUUGAUAGAUGACGCCAACGUGUGGAUAGAAUUUCCAUCUUGUUAUCAAAUAAACUAAAUGAUUGAUGAGCGAAAUCAAAUUUGAAUUUUGACUACAUCGUAACGAUUUAUGCUACAAAACAAGCUCAAAGUUUCGGUUAUGACUUCGUAGCCAUUAUCUGUCAGCUUCGCACGGCUGUGUUGUUUUGAUAUCACAGGAUAAAUAAACUUUACGCCAUAGCGAUUUUUUAUCGUUUAUAUGCAUUUCCAAAUUCCAAUGACCAAAUUCAGAUCAUGUCUUAGACAAAUAUGCAUUCUUUAAAAACAGCGUGUUGCAAUAUUGACAUAUUCGACCAACACCGUCUCCGUUUGUGCGCUGAAUAUGCUAAUUAGAGGCUAAUGUUUGGAGAUGCGAUAAUUGUGUAUUUUAUUAAAAUAUUCAGCGAUUUUACAAAAUCCACGGCUCAAAUCUGUACAAUUAUUGCAAAUUUCAUUAUUUUCAUGACACGACUUUCUUUUGUAAAAAAUUGGGAAUUUCAGCGAUGUUUCGAUCGAUUAUUUUGUCUUCCCAACUGUAUUAUUUAGAUUUUCGGCGCGUUUCCGUCAAAAUAUCCCAGGCUUACUGUAUUUUAUCGGCACGUUAGAAUCUACUUUGAUGUGUCGCUCGUGCGAGCGCCCAAAUCACGAAAACCUGAAAUUUGAAACAAUCUUCGCAAAUAAGUCAGGAAGUUUGCGAUAAAUAAUUGGUAAACAUAGCAACAACUGCACUCACAAUUGGCUCACAAAACCUGCAAAGAUGCGUGGUCUAUUCGCCUGACGAAUGUAGGCAAGCCAACGUUAAGCAUUUUAGCUAGUGGUUAAGAUUAAUAGGAUCGUUUUCAGGCAAGGUUUGGAGCAUCUCAGUGGAUUACGCGUAAAUAUUACGUGUCGCUAUAACGUUUAAUUGCCUGACGAAAGGCUGAGAAAUCUCACAUCAAUCUGAAUGUGUUUUCCAUUGACAGUACCCAAUUUCCUACACCAAGCUCUGAUGUAGGCUGUUUUCUCUUACCUCUAAUUGGUUCGUUUGUCUUUGCGUCAUAAAUUGGUCACAGUAGGGUGCAUCCAUUCUUUUAUACACCAGCUCCGAACAACACACUGUGUUAGUUCGAUACGAAUGGUGGAAGCCAUAGAUCUUGACUUCGACGAGAAUUUUUGGAAGCGAUCGUGAAACGACACAAGAACUCCCAGAGAAUCGAACCGUUUACAGAACUCAAGGUUAAAAAUGCGCUGUUCAUUGGAUUGGAAGAGUCGGCUGCCCAUCCUAAAAUGGCUCCCGAACUACAACUGGAAUUCAUUGCAAUGCGAUCUGAUUGCGGGCAUCACAGUCGGGCUGAUGGUAAUCCCGCAAGGGUUGGCCUACGGGGUGCUUGCAGGACUACCCCCACAGUACGGUUUAUACAACGCUUUUAUGGGCAGUUUUAUCUACUGUAUCCUUGGAUCAAGCAAAGACGUCACGCUGGGGCCAACGGCUAUCAUGUCGCUGAUGGUUGCCACGUAUGGUCGCGAAAAUGACGCGCAUUACGCAGUUGCGCUGUCGUUCUUUAGCGGAAUUUUGCAACUUUUGAUGGGCCUCUUCUCGCUUGGUUUCAUCGUGCGAUUUAUUCCGAUUCCCGUCAUAAGCGGUUUCACAUCGUCCGCCGCGAUCAUCAUCGGCUGCGGUCAACUCCCUGGGAUCAUGGGCAUGUCGGGAAUGCCGAAGAACCUCGUGCCCAGGCUCCACAAAACGUUUAGCAACAUCGUGAAGACGAAUCACUGGGAUGUGAUUCUCGGGAUCGCGUGCGUUCUCCUCCUCGAGGGCCUGAGGCGAGUGAAUCGCUCACCGAAGCUCUACAAACGGGACACUUCCCAGAGCAAACGGAUCAUGAAAAAGAUCGUAUGGUUCGUCUCUGUCGGACGAAAUGCAGUCAUCGUUUUCUUCACCACCUUUUUGGCUCUCAUGAUGGAAACACACGGGGAUGGGGGACACUUUUCCCUUACUGGAAGCAUCAAGAAGGGCCUGCCAACUUUUGAGGUUCCAAAACUCUCAUCACAUGACGGUAAUAAUACAAUUACCACAGUCCAGAUUUUGACCGAAAUCGAAGGAGGUCUCAUUGUGCUGCCAAUGAUUGGCUUUCUCGAGAGCGUCGCUAUUGCCAAGGCUUUUGCAAGGAAAAACAAGUACAAAGUCGACCCCAGCCAGGAACUGAUCGCUCUUGGUUUGGCAAAUUUCAUUGGCGCCUUUUGUUCAGCCUAUCCUGUCACUGGAAGCUUUUCCAGGACGGCUGUGAACUCGAUCAGCGGUGUUGCCACCCCCCUUGGAGGCGUUUUUACGGGUGGUCUUGUGAUGCUGGCCUUGGGAGUUCUGACGCCAUUCUUCCAGUACAUUCCCAAAGCUGCCCUUGGUGCUGUGAUCUUGUCCUCGGUGAUCCACAUGGUUGAUUACCAGAUUGUCAAAAAAAUUUGGCGAACAAAGAAGAUCGAUUUGCUGCCGUUUGUCGUGACGUUUGGUCUGUGCCUGUACGAUAUCGCGACAGGAAUAGUUUGUGGCAUCCUCGCUGCCCUGCUGUUGUUGAUCUACCGCCUCGUCAUUCCUCGUAUUGAAGCAAGACAACAGGAGGUGACUCUGAUCAGGAUAAACGGCGGUCUGAGUUACGUUGGUAUUGAAUAUCUCAUGUCGAAAAUUGAAGAGGUCACCAUACUUUGUGAUGUCCCACCAGAGUUAGUGAUCGUUGACUGUUCAAACAUGUCUGAAGUUGACUUUACAGUCUCGCAAGGUUUCCUCACGAUCAUUCGUGAUCUCCAAGACAACGAUAUCAAGGUGUACUUUUCCCGCGUGCAACAUCACGUGAAGACCACGCUCCUCGAUGCUGGAGUGGAGUCGCAUCUGUUCAAUGAUGAUUACUUGGAGUCACACCCAAACCUGUACAAAUCCUGCGAAGCUGAAUCCAUUUCCAUCGAAUCUCCGUGCUGUGAUGAGCAACGAUUCUGGAUGACUUCUGUCUAGUAUGUAUAACGUACACCUCGUGACUACUUACUGGGUAUAAACAGGAACACUAAGGGCUACCGUUGAACAUAUGGUAACUAAAAAGGCUGUUCUUAUUCAAUAUCCGAUUUGCUCAAUUCUGGGUGGACACAUGAUUGCAAAUCAAAUUUUCAACGUUUCUCGACUUAAACAGUUUUCGUCAGUUUUUUUCCCGAUUGCUUUGGAAUUUUUUUUCUUUUCGUGAAAGCAUUUCUGAAUCUGCUUUUCUGUAGCCCUUGGUGAAUUUUUUUUGCAUAUACCCAGCAGGUUUUUCGGUGUAUAUUUGACGCACCAGUAUGAUUGGUAUAAAGAUGAUUGUUGUGUAUAAUUCAAGAUAUAGACGAUUCUUAGUUGGUUGUUGGUGAAAAAACAGUCGGUAUUAGCUAACACGGUAUUUACUAAUCCAUGUCAAUUUGUAGCUGUUGAAGUUGACACGUGAAGCCCACGCACAUGAGCCCACGCAGUCCACGCACGUCAUUGAAUGACGUCAAAAUCACGCGAGCUUCACCAGCUGCAUAAUGAUAUAAUUCACCCAAUGCAUACACACUAAUCGAAAAAUUUAACCACUAAACCUUGGUGUAAAAAUCGCCAAAUAACACAGAAGGUACAUCGAAAAACAUCGUUUAAUAUUAAAAUGUUGGAUUUUAAAAAUCCGUAAAUUUAUCAAUUAUAUAAGUAAUUGGAAAAUCUAAGCUAGUUUCAUAGUUUAAAAUUAAAUUUAAAACGUACUUAGGUUAUGUUGAGAGAGUUAGAUGUGGUCUGGAAGAAUUACGCCUCAGAAAUCUGCGGAUUAUUUCACUAGAAUCGUUUGAAGUUUCCGUAAAUUUAUAUAUUGAGCAGAUAAUUUCGACAAUCGAUGAUUGCUUUAUUUUGUCACUUUUUAAAGUUCGAGAAAACAAGAACAAAUUAUUGAACACAAAAAUUGAACAAGUCCAGACCAUAUCUGAUAUCAUUUCGGGCGAGACGGUGCUAAAAUUCACUAAAAAGACUACCCACGUAUUCCAUCAAACUUAACAAGUCCAGACAAAAAAAUUAGACUUUUAAAAAACAUUCUUUUUCACAGAAAUUUUUACAUUUGUACUCUACCGUUUAAGGCCCUGUU